GGCGUCAUUGUUAUUUGCAUGCACCCGGCCUGCAAACCAAUCAGGAGAGAGGUCUGAGGAACACCCGUCCUACUGCCGAGAAACUCAGCUGAUCUACUAUAUAACGACAGCAAGUGCAAGAUCACCUCAGUACACACUCAAACCGAGCAGCUAAGAGAACUUAUUGAUACUGGACUGUUAACUCCGUGUUCGAACAUGACUUUUGAGGAAAUCUGCGGACAAACAAACUCAACUGACGCUAGCGAUAGGAUGCAAGGUGCAGGGAGUGCUUUAGAGGAGCUUUUGGUCUCUGCGAAAAAGCAGGACUGUUUGACAGUUGGAGUAUACGAAUCUGCAAAAGUCAUGAAUGUCGACCCAGAUAGCGUGGCUUUUUGCGUGCUGGCGAUGGAUGAAGAAUACGAAUGUGAUAUUGCUCUUCAGAUCCAUUUUACCCUCAUCCAGGCGUUUUGCUUUGACAAUGACAUUAAUAUCGUCCGAGUGAACGACAUCGAACGCCUCGCUGACAUCGUUGGCAGUGAGGAAUCUGAGGAACCAAAGGACGCCCAUUGCAUUCUCGUGACGAGUCCUACCGCAGACACGUGGAAGGACCCAGCUCUAGAGAAACUUGGGUUAUUCUGUGAAGAGAGCCGUAGCGUGUACGAGUGGGUGCCCACAAUUACACUUCCAGAGCGCUGAACAAGGGAUUUUUUGCAUGCUUACGAAGAUGAAAGCAGAAAGCUAAAUGCUACGCCUCUGGGAGAGGAGACAUCCAUCUGCAGUCGAGGGUGAUCACCUGCAAGCCACGGGCUGUGGAAUUUUGUCUGGAAUACCCUUUUGAUGGGAACAGAUAAAGAAAGAUUGGACUAGAUGGUUGUUUCGAGUCCAGGGAACAGAACGGAGCUAAGUGGUGUUGGACUACUGUAGCUAUGGUGGAGAGACUUUCUACCCUCGUCAUUCACAAUUUUGGCGUUUGUGGAUGUGGAGACGGAAGAGCAAGGAAAGGGCAGGUGGAUUAGCUGGAGUAGAAAAAGAGAAGGUCGACAUGGAUCAGCUGAACAUGGAAGGAAGUGUUUUCAUGCUGGGCAUCGGAAGUUUUCUCAUAAUACAGUCAAACAAGGAACUUUGUCUGUUAUGAACUGUCAAAAAUUCAGUUGUGGACUUCAUCAGUUUUUUGGGAAGUGACUGACUCAAUGACCAUAAAAAUUGGUUUGGCUUCCCAUUAAUGCUUGUAGCUGUUGUAAUUCAAAGAACGGACUAGAUCUUAUGAGUAACAUAACUUUGUUAUUCUCUUCUUGUCUGAAGAGCAAUUCAAUGUUCAUUUGUUUUGGAGCUGUUGGAGCAGCUUCUAAUCUUUUACAAAUAAAUAUGUUUUUGUUAACAAAAUCA